AUGUGGAUAUUUGGAAGAAAAGGAACAUCUGGUUUCUCAUGUUGUUCAACCGCUGAGGAAGUUACUCAAGGAAUUAAUGGAUUUGGCCACACUGCCAUUGUUACAGGAGCAACAAGUGGCAUUGGCAUGGAGACGACACGUGUCCUCGCCUUGCACGGUGUGCAUGUAAUUAUGGCAGUACGUAAUAGGGAAAAUGGCAAAAAAAUUAAAGAAAAUAUACUUAAAUCCAUUCCAAAUGCUAAAAUUGAUUUUAUGGAUUUAAAUCUGAGUUCUAUGGAGUCGAUAAGAAAAUUUGCCAAAGAAUAUAACUCUGCUGGUCAUCCUUUGAACCUUUUAAUUAAUAAUGCAGGGGUUAUGAUUCCACCAUUUACACUUUCUCAAGACAAGGUAGAAUUACAAUUUGCAGUUAAUCAUUUAGGUCAUUUUCUUUUGAAAAAUCUUUUAUUGGAAAACAUGAAAAAUAUAGCUAAAAAUAGCAAAAAUGAAGGAAGGAUAGUAAAUGUUGCAUCAGCAGCACAUGAUUUUGCAUAUUCUCAGGGAAUUAUUUUUGAUAAAAUUAAUGACAAAGAGAGCUACCAUAGAUUUCAUGCUUAUGGCCAAUCAAAGCUUGCUAAUAUACUGCAUGCAAAUGAACUCGCUAAGCGCUUAAAGGAAGAAGGGGUGAAUAUUACUGCUAAUUCUGUUCAUCCUGGACCAAUUGCCACCAACAUUAUGCGUUACGACAAUCCAUAUUUUACAGGAAUAGUUAACUGGAUUGGGAGAUAUGUGCUCAAGAAUAUUGAACAGGGAGCAUCAACUACAUGUUAUGUGACUUUGCAUCCACAAGUGAAAGGAGUAAGUGGUGAGUACUUUUCAGAUAAUAACAUAGCUACAAACAAAACAACUUCUUUGGCUAAGGAUUCAGAUUUAGCAAAGAAAUUGUGGGAAUUUAGCUUGGAUUUGACCAAAUAGGAUUGUCAAAUGGGCGAGUCAGGUUGAAUCUGGAUGAAUCAAGAUGUAAUGAGUUAAUAAAUGGACAGGUUAAAUUUGAAUUGAUUAGGCGAGGUGUGUUUUCAUGAGCUAAUUUUGUUACCCCUAG